AGACGCCAUCUCCAUGUAUUCUAACCUCCUUGAUCUGUGUACUUCGACUGUUCGUAAGGUUAUCGAGUCAGCAGUCGAUAAAAUGCUUUUUAAAGUAUUUAAUGUGAAAAUUUAUGUAAUAAAUCAUAUCCGUUAUCACAGUUAUAAAAAAGGUAGUUAAUAAUUCUUCAGCAGAAAUAAUGGAAGUUGGUAAAGAUUUUGGAAGUAUACAAGGAAUGAAACAACAGCAAUUUGAGGUGGUAUUUUGGAAGCAUAUUGGAAUAAAAUUCGAGAUGAAGGAUUUACAGUUGAUAAGAGCCAGCUGAAAGUUGCAGAAGUUUUAGAAGGUCUGCAAGAACAGCUCAAAACUUAUCAAGUCUCUAAACCAAACUUAUUCUCUAAAAUGUUUGGAGCAAGAAAAGAAAAGCCUCCAAAAGGCAUGUAUCUGUAUGGAUCAGUAGGUUGUGGGAAGACUAUGCUAAUGGAUUUAUUUUAUGAACGCUGUACUCGGGAAAAGAAGAGAAGGACUCAUUAUCAUUCCUUCAUGCUAGAUGUUCACAGUCGAAUACAUGAAUAUAAAAAGAGAACAUUAAAGCAGAAGACUGGUAAAAAAUCUCUUGAUUAUGAUCCAAUUGCACCUGUGGCUGAGGCAAUCUGUAAUGAAACUUGGUUUUUGUGUUUAGAUGAAUUUCAGGUUACUGAUAUUGGAGAUGCAAUGAUUUUAAAGCGGUUAUUCACAGAAAUUUUCAACAAUGGAACAAUACUUUUUGCUACUUCAAAUCGAGCACCAGAUGAUUUAUAUAAAAAUGGGCUGCAAAGGAGCAAUUUUCUUCCAUUUAUAGCUGUCUUAAAAGCAUAUUGCAGACCAAUGUGGCUGGAUUCUGGUGUGGAUUAUAGGACAAAAUUUGUUGCUACAAGAAACAAGUUUUUUGUUUUUUCAGAAUGUCAUGCUAACCGGGAAUUAGAUGAAGCUUUCAAGAUAUUGGCUAGUCGAGAAAAUGAUGUUAUUCGUUCCAGAAUCUUAACUAUCAAGAAUCGUAAUGUUACUCUUAAUACUACUUGUGGACGUGUUGCAGACUGCACAUUUGAGGAGUUAUGUGAUAGGCCUUUAGGUGCAAUUGAUUAUCUUACCAUAAGUCAAGUGUUUGAUACUGUGGUAAUCAGAAAUAUCCCACAACUGACUCGGAGUCAAAAAUCCCAAGCUAGGAGAUUUAUAACACUUAUUGAUACUUUAUAUGACAAUAAGGUUCGAGUUUUGUGUUCUUCAGAAGUUCCUAUAAAGAAGCUAUUUCUCCCUGCUGUUAUAAACCCUGUAAUAUAUGAUGAUGAAAAUAGAGCUUUGAUGGAUGAUCUGAAUAUAACAAAAGGAAGUGAAAAUGAAUCUGCCAGUAUUUUUAGUGGAGAAGAAGAAGUAUUUGCAUUUGAUAGAACUGUUUCACGUUUGAAUGAGAUGCAAACAGAAGAAUAUUGGAUGCUUCGAUCUAACUCUUAAUUUUUAAAGUUUUUAGCUUUUCUAUGCAUUGCAGCAAUAAAAAAUUAAAUCCCAACUUCAUUUUUGCAAUCUGAAACCACGUAGACUAACUACAGAGAUUGUGUUUUUAUACUGUGAUAUUAGCAAUGGAAUCAGUGUACUUUUGUAUAGAAAUUUUUAUUAGUAGUAUACAAAUGUUUCUUUCUAUAUUUGUUGAUAUUAAAGAUAAUUUGUUGUAUUA